UGACACCUACAUCUAUUCUUACUGCUGGGUGAGGGGAUCACACCUUCCAAUGGUCAAGUCAUAUUGGCUACUUCUGUAGGAAUGUGAGAAUGAGGAUUAAAAAUGUGUGAAUGUGGGAUGGAUAAAUACCAGUGCACACAGACUGCUGCUUCAGUUCCCUCAAGAAUUAUUUAGUGGAAGAAGCUCCUCUACAAGAAACGAAGAUGCAGAGAUUCAACACUCAACAGGCAUUGGGAAUGAUCCUAGAUGGACUGAACCCUUGUGACUCGGAUGGAGAAGACAUCAACCUUCAGGAGGAUUCAGACUACGAGCUGUCUGAGUCAUCUUCAGAUGAGAAGACUGCUCCCCAACCAAAAAAGAGAGCUAGGCUGGGGACUGAUGUGGCAGAGACUGCAAAAGAUGGCACCGUAUGGCAUGAAGAACAGGUGGGAACGGGUCCACAUUUCACCCCACCAUCGCCAUACAGUGCAGAUGGAGAGCCAACAGCUAAGGCCAGGAGAUCAAUCACAAGUCGUCUUCAGAGCUUCCUGUGUUUCAUCACUUUGGACAUGCUUGAUAUCAUUCGAGACUGUACAAUUCAACAUGCAAAGCAAACAGAGCAUGCGGAGUGGUUCAUGGGCGUCCCUGAGCUAAUGGCCUUUAUUUCCAUCACCAUCAUGCGUGGAAUCAUCAGGGUGCCAUCAUUGCGUGACUGCUGGUCAAAAACCCUGGGGAGCACACAGAUCAUCGAAACCAUGUCCCGAGGGCGUUUCCAAAACAUCAUGCAUCACCUACGCUUUGAUGACCGAGACACCCGCACAGAGCGAGCACAGACCGAUAAGUUUGCUGCAAUUUCAGACAUAUGGGGAUGGUUUGUCAGCAACUGCAUCACAUCCUACAUCCCUGGUCGACACAUCACCAUCGACGAACAACUUUUCCCAUCCAAGACUCGCUGCUGUUUCCUACAGUACACUGCAUCUAAACCAGACAAGUUUGGGAUCAAGUUUUGGGUGGCAUGUGACUUGAAAACCAAAUACGUCUGCAACAUCCUCCCAUAUCUUGGCAAGGACCCCACUCGGCCUCGUGGGGAGAGAGUGUCUGAGAGUGUAGUCAUGAGGCUGAUGGAACCAUUCCUGGACGAGGGCAGAAAUGUCACCACGGACAAUUUCUGUCUGUCACUUGCAAAACGCCUACUUAGCCGGAAUACAACCAUCCUCGGCACAGUCAACAAGAUUCGCCAAGAAAUUCCACUAUCAACUCGACAGAUGCACCGCAAGGAAUUUACCACCCAAGCGUUUUCAACCACUGGUGCCACACUGACUGUGUAUGCGCCCAAGCCAAAGAAGACUGUAUAUGUUCUCAGCAGCAUGCACAGCACGAUUCAGACAGAGGAUACCACCAAAAAGAAGCCAAACACCAUCACACUCUACAACACAACAAAGUGCGGCGUCGAUGUCAUGGACCAGAUGGUGCGGGAGUACACUGUCCGCGCAGGAACACGGCGCUGGCCAGUAGCAGUGUUCUAUAACAUGAUAGAAGAACAUGUAAGAACAAUCAUGCAGCUGUGCGCUGUGUUGACUGCUACCGUUACACAUGUGGGAAAUGCCGAAAGGAGCAAUGGCAGUGCCAGGAUUGCGAGUGAUUGCUGA